AUGCCUUCUCCCACACCCACCACCGCCAACGUGAGGCGGACACUAUUGGGUAGGGGAAUUCCCGUGCCGGACGUCUAUGCGGACGACCGCCGCUCGUUCCGACGCAAGUGGAUAAGCCUCAUGCGCGACCACCCGGAGGUGGGGAGGGAGGGAGGCACAUGCACCAUUGCGCAAUGGCACCCGGGGCAUCGACGACGUUCAUUCGUUUCUUCUCUCACUGCAGGACUACUCUCAGUGGUAUGACUCGGUCAGCGGGACUCAGGAGGCGGCGGACAUUGCCGUCAUGAUUUUCGGAUACAAGGAACAUGUGGAGAAGGUGCGUCAGACGCACAUCUAGCCACACAUGGAGCACCUGACACUCUCUGCUGUGCUGUGCGGUGCCGUUUUGCAGAAGACGGCUGAGGCGAAGGCUGCGAAGGCCGCCAAGGAUCCCCCCGCCAGCACCACCCGCCAGCAGCAGCAGCCCACUCAGUCAGCCAGCGGACAUCAGCCGUCUGGUGCAGGGGCCGGUGCGGAUGGGUCGUCAGAUGGGUGGACUGACCCGGACGAUGAAGAGUGGAAUGAGGUCCUGGCAGCGGUAGAUAAGGCGCAGGCCUUGGGGUGGCUUGCCCCGGGCUUGCUCCGUAGAACCAACGCCCACACACGAGUGCGAAGGCUACCAGAGCCGCGAAGGAUGCCACCGCCAGCAGCAGCAUCAGACCCACCAUGAGCAGGCCACGCAGAUCCCCGGCGUCACAGGCUGCCUUGCACACAGGCUGCCUUGUAUCGCUGCUUGCAUUUUAUAUUUGCGGGCCUAUCAUUCCAUGUUCCUGCACACCACUGGAUGGCCGAGACGGCAGUCGAUGCAGCCAUUCGCGUAUGGAACUUCUGACUUGUGUCUGGCUGACUCGCUUGCUCGGGCGGUACUCGCGCAGGGAUGGGCGACUUUCCUGGCAGAGACAUGGAGACAAUGUGUUGCCAAGUGCCUUAUCGAUUUUGUCAACGGGUGCGUUGGUUCUACGUGCUGCCCUUGCGAAAUCAGCCCCCGCACUCGAUGUCUCCAA